GGAGUUUUUUCACCACAUUCAUCUCGUCCACAAAAGAAAAGAAAAAAAAAAUUAAAAGAUAAAGAAAAAACCUAUUUGUUGUUAAUUAAUUGUUAUCUUUAUUGAAAUUGAAUCAAUUGAUAUAAUUUCUUCAUAAAACAUACACAAAUUUGAAGAAAAAAAAUGUAAAAUUUCCCAAAAGAAGAGCGAAAAAAAAAACACUUCUAAGAAAGAAACUUUCCAUUUGGCUGACAUAUUUUUUUUUGUAUUUUGCCAAUAUUUUUUGUCUAUGUGAAAAUUUAAUAAAAAAUGGCACCAGUAAAGAAUCCAAAUAAUAAUAAUACGGGAACAGUUCCAAAAUUAACACAAUCCGGAUCUUCUUCGUCAUCUUCAAUGAUCGAAACAUCGCCAUCAAGAACAACCAAAUCAUCAUCAUCAUCUGGGAAAAAUCCAAAUUUGCAAAGAUCAAAUGGAAUUGUUAUGGGUCAUGGAGGAGGCGGUGGCGGUGGUGGCGGAGGUAAUUCAGUGCAGAGUCUAACAAAUAAUACACCACCUGCCACUGCCACUGCAACAACAACAACAGUUCCACAAUCUGGGGGAAUUGGGGCAGUAGGAGGAGCAAUGUCGUCGAAUGCAUAUGCAUUGCGGAAGAAUACAGAAAUUGUUGCACCCAUUCGUAGGGAGCUUAAGGAUUUGAAUGAUUACUUUCUAUCGGUUACGGAAUCAUCGCAAACGUCAUCGUUGCCCAGCGCCAAGAGACAAAAUCAUCAUUACCAUCAUCGUCAUCAGCCACCGGUGACACCAUUAGCGGCAGGACCACCAAAUAAUUUGGAUAGUACAACGUGCUUUGAAAUUGAUCAUUUUCCCGACAAUCAACGCUCUUGCUAUCCCGUUCGUCCAAUACCAAGACGUACAACUCAAUCGCGUGAUAACGAUUCAUUUCACUAUCACAAUCAUUCAACACAUUCGUCUUGUGGAAUUCCAAUAAAUAACAAUAACAACAACAACAGUAAUAACAACAAUCAAGCAGCAACAGUUGGAGUUGUUAAUCCGACAACACUUGGCAUAACUAACGACGAAUCUCACAAUCACAAUAAUCAAGGACGACAUCAUUCAACAAAUCCAUUUGUUAGAUAUCGUCAAGCAGCACCUACACCUGCACAAUCACAAUUACAACCACAAGGACAAGGACAAUUACCAACAGCGUCUGCAGUUAAUAACGAUAUAGCUGAAAUUGACGAAUUAUUACUUCAGCGUUAUAAAUAUAUACAGUAUUGCAUUAAAUUGGCUAAUAAACAACAAAAUAAAAAUAAAGACAUCAUGGUAAAUGAAAAUAAUGAUAACGAAAUCAUUGUCAAUUCGACAAGUUUGGAAGAUGUGGCAGCAAGUGAGACAAGUGAACGAGCUCAAUCCGUCACAAGUAUUCACAGCACUGCCGAACCGGCUUCGCCAACCUAUGAAGACCUGCAGAGUCGUCUUGAAGCUUCUACACGCAACAUUCAAAAUAUGAAAGAACAACAAGCUCAACUUAUUCGUUUGCAAGAUCAAGCUAAACAACAUCUUGCUGAAAUGGAAACACUUCGUAGCAACACCACACCACUGCUGCGUGGAGCUGUUGGUCAAAAUGGAGCUCCAGACUAUGAGUCUAUCGAUCAAGUUCACACCGAUAUGUCUUCUCUAGUAGGUCGUAUGAAAAAUCUGACAACAUUCAUUGCAGGACAAAAUGAAUUGAGCAAUUUACUUGGUGAAGAUGGUCCAGAAAUCCUUGCCGAACAACAGACUUUGCAAGAGAAACUCGAAGGUCUCAAAACCCAUCGAGAUGAAAUGAAGAAUUUAAUUAUGGAAUUACACGAUGUGAAUAGAACUGCUGAAAGAAGAGUCAAUGAGCAGUUGGCACAAGAGUCUAGAGAGGAUCAACCAUCGGGAAGUGGUGGUAAAAGAGAUGCCGCAGCUAGAGUAGUUCCUGUUGAAUACUCUAGAGUUGUUCCAAUUGAGUUGGUGGGUGCACAGAAGAAAAAUAAACAAAAAUCACCACCACAACAAGUCAGUCAUACAAAUGGCAGCUCUUCCAUGUCAAAUGGAGUUGCUGAAGCUUCCGAUGAAGAUGAAGAAGAUGAUCCUGAGACAUCUGCACUAAUUAAUCAAAAGAUGUCAGACAUUCAAGCCAUGAAAGCUCAGCUAAGUCGACUAAAGUCGAUGAUGGAAACUGUUAAACUCAUCGAGGAACGUAGUGAGGGUCCGGAUCCAAAAGAAAUCGGUGGUCCAAGACGUGCUGUUGAUAUCCCUGUCCAACGGGAAUCCACUCCGAAAAUCACCAACACUCAACCUCGAGCUGUGGGAGCUGCAGUUCCAUUUGACAAAGAUCGUACUCCAGUUCAGGAAGAUUUUACUGAUGAACCCGAAGAUCCAGUGAUUACGGAAAAAAUUCAUAUGCUCAAUGAAGUCACAAGAGAUCUCCGUUCUCAAGCUAUGAGUUUGGCAAGUGAAAGAGAUCGCAUUCGGGCUUUAAAAGAAGAAAUAAUAAGACGAAAAGCCGAAAGUGCAGCUCUAAGUCGUCGCCAACUCACAGUCGAUGAUGAAGAAGACAAAAAUUCAAAUCGUGAGAGUGUAAGUCCAUCGAAGCUUUCAAAUAAGGACACUCGACGUGAUUUGUUAGAAGCUCAGUACGAAGAGAAGAAAAAAGAGUUUCAAGAAAUUUGUGCUCGCAUUCAAAGUGAAGAAGACAAAUCCAAACCAUCAUCUACAAAUUUACAAUCCCAUGAAAACGAGAACGAAAUCGAAGAGGAAGAAGAGGAGGAGGAAGAAGAGGAAGAAGAUUUAAAUGCCAAUGACUUGCUAACCGAGAAUCAGGCUACCCCAAAACCUGAUAUGGGUUUCUACUACCCUCAAUCGCAGGGUUUAUCAUGUAAUUCAUCUCUGCAAGGUGCUCCAAAGCAACUUGGCAAAGAUUCUGCAGAUUCUGGAGCAGUUGAUGUAAAUGGGGUGCCAUCUUGUGAAGCUGGCAGCAUUAAAUCGGGAAGCUCUCGCAGUUUCAGUAUGCCACCACCAAUGCGAGCCAUGAGUAAUCGUGAAGCUUCAUGGCAUUUUGGGCCACCAAAUGCUCCAUCGGCAGCUGGUAGCUCUGGCCCAGCUCCACCACCAUUGCCAGCAUCAUGGAAUCCCUAUUAUUUCUACAAUGCUCCAUACAGUCCGCAUUUUGCACCACCUGUAUCAGCUGGAGUUAAUUCGGAUUGUAUCUGUCAAGCUAAUUCUGGUGUAAUCGCCAAUGGAGCUGCUACGCCAGCCGCAACAAUUAUGCAAUCAGAUCCAGUUUUGUUGCAACAGUUUAUACAGACCCAACAGAUGCUUAUAAAUUCGGUGUGCCAAUGUAACCAGAUGUUGUGGCACCAACAGAGAGAAAUUGACUCACUUAAUAGCACAAUCCACAUGCUUCAAGAACGUCUCCUCAGUCAUACCAACGGAACUGAUCUUGGUGCCAAUCACCGCUCAGAAUCUGUACCCCCAGCUGGUACAGUUCAAAACAAUCUCUAUCCAUCCAUAAAUCGUGCUCAAUCUGAGCAACCACAUCCUUUCCCAUCACUUCAUCCACACACCCACAUUCAACUCCCCACGAUCAUGAGCCAGACCAACAGUAGCUUCCAGCGACGCAACUUGUGCAACAUCCAACAACAACAACAGCAACAACUUUCGAAUUUCAACUACUCCACGGCCGAACAACAGUCUAGCGGCAGCAUGUAUUUGAAUAAUCUUUGUGCUCCAAUGCCUCCAAUGCAUGUUUUCAACAAUGUCAAUGGAGGUGGUGUCAAUAACAAUACUGGAGCACCAAUUUUCAUGCAUCAUCACAACAACACUCAGCAUUCGGUGCAUAAUAAUAAUUCGAAUUUGCUUAAUGCAGCUCAACAACAACAACAGGCAACACCUGUAGUUGCUCCUGUUGCUGGAGGACAAAACUCUAAUGUAUCCAAUGGUGUAUCAAAUUUAACCGGUUCGGCAUUGAACAAUCAAGUACCACCUGGCAAUCGAGCCAAUAACUAUUGGGAUAACUUUAGAAGCUAUUCACGGCAGAAUUUGCUAUCAUCAAAUUCAUGCAAAAGCAAUGAAGAACAAAAUCAUAAUCAACUUCAACAACAUCAACAACAGCCACCACCACCAAUAAUUCAGCAACAACAGCAACAACAACAACAGCCAACACAUCAACAAGAUCAACCAAAUCUUCCUAUAUUUACAAAUUCACUCAAUGUCGGUUAUCGUCCCGACUCAAAUACAAAUAAUCUUAAUCCACCUGGUUAUGACAAUAAAUAUUUGCAUACAUUCCGUAAUCGUAUCAAUGCCAAUUCAGCUGGUCUCUUAAAUGCACCACAACCUAUAACCACUUCCGCCACACAAACUCCAACCAACUACAGCAACAUGAUGAAUAUUUCCAUCAAUCAGCCAGAUGUCCCACAGAAUCCUCCUCAUCCACGCAAUAUUUCUGCCUGGAAUGUAGUUGGAGUUAGCAAUGAUGUUUUUGAAGCAAAUGAAUUGACCCAAGAUUUACGUAAUAUGAAUCUCAAUUUUGCCAAUAAUGAGCCCAAUAAAGUCGCUGUUAAACCGUCUUCUUUAAGACGACCUCCGAUGAAUAGGCGCCUCCGUCCUACUCAAUCGGGACCGGCUGCUUUUAUUGAACCACAACAUACCCAACAACCAGAAAAUGGAGGAGAUCUUCUUAGUCCCGGAUUGUUUUCGGGUGUUAUGCAAUCCCUUGACUCUGCAAUGGAUGAUACUUCGGAUGAAAUUAAAAGAAAUUUAUUGGUCAAUGCAUUGAAAAGUGAGAAAUUCACUACAAAAUUCUAUGAAUCCUUGAAGGAAGAUGUCUUUCGAAGGAUCGAGACUUUGCUUAGAGCCAAAGAUGGUGAACAGCAGUUUUUGGCACAACUUUAUCGUGACUAUAAUAUCGCAUCGACUAGAGAUCCACUUAGGAAGUUGUAUUUGAAUGAAGUUCGUAGCUUGAGCAGACCCAAUGAAGACCUCAAUGAGACAGAGAGCAAUAAUGGUGAAAACGAAGAUGAAGAUGACGACGAUGAUGAUGAGGAGGGUGGUGCCCAAGCUCUGGAUAACCAUAAUAUUCUCAAUAACAACAAUAAUGAGGCUCAAAAUGCUUUGGGACUAAAUGCAAAAGAUAUAAAACUUUUGGCUGAUAAGUUUGUGGGAAGUUCAAAUGCUGGUCAAGGUGGUGGUUCCACUGAUCAUACUGUACAAUUUCCAGACUAUGAACUUAUUCACUAUAUUAUUGCUCGAAUUCAUGAGGACACUCAACCCAAUUCGGUGAUUAAUGAUGCUCUUCUAGUUGAUGUUGCUAAGCUUACAGCUACAGCAAUACAGAAUUAUGCAAUUGUCAAGUGUCGUAAGAAGGAGAUUAUCGAAGCUAGGUUGCAUAUCUCGCCCAAGAAGAUAUAUGCCAAGUUAAAGGGGAAGACUUUCCCCCGCGAUCGUGAUGGAUUUUUAAUGUGGUAUCAGCGUUAUUUGGAAACUAUGCUUUUUGUUACUUUGAAGCGAGACGAUGACGAAGAUCCACGACCAUCACGAGAGAAUAACAAUCACCAUAAAGAGAAUGCCAAUCAAAAUGCUGCUGCUGGCUCAAUGUCCUGGAUGGAUAUUCAGAAUAUUUACAUAAAUGCCCAUCAGGUUCGAAAGUCUAAUAUUCCAUUGAGACCUCGGCAAUCAGGUUCGGCGGUCGAGAUGGAGAAUAAAAUUGAAAAUAAUUCCUCAUUUAGACAACAACAACGUUCUCAAAUGAGCCCAAGAGCACCACAUAUGUCUGAACAGCAUCAUUUGGUACAGAUUUCAACACCAAUUGCUCCCAACAAUAUUAUGAAUGAAGAUUUAGCUGAAGCCGAUCAGAUAUGUUCUUCCAGCAGCAAUACUAUGCAGGGUUUUGUUGAAGCUCAUGCUGAUGAUAGUUUUCUUCUUGGUGGUGGAGCUUCGGUAAAUGGGGGAGAUUCUUUACCACCACCAUCUCCUGACAAUGCUGAGGGGCAAUUGAUUUCGAUUCCACUAGAACCGACUAAUCCACCACCAAAUCAAAAUUUCUUGAAUUUCUUCCUUGACGAAACUGAAAAUAAUGAAAAUCCUGAUGAUGAUGAAAAUCGUCAUCAUCUUGCCAUUGAUUUGGGUGUAGCUUCGGCCAACCAUCCAGUUGUGGAUAGUGAUAAUGCCGAAGAGGAUGCCGAUGGACAGAAUCAAAGACCCGAGUCGAGUUUGCAUGGGGCGUUUGGGACAGAUCCGUUGGCAAUUACAGGUGGAGGGAGUGGAAAACGAAAUAGUGUCCCAUAGUUGGAAGGCUGGUCGGCGAUUAAUUCGGUUGUUGUUGCUAGACGUCGGAUGACGUCAGCGUUUACGUUUAUUUUUCUAGCUAUUUGGCGAGCUUCGAAGAGGCUCUUUUGGAUGGUGAAAUUUUUUAAGCGUUGAAAUAAAAGAAAAAGGGAAAUAUCAUAAUGAAAAACCUUUUUUGCUCAUUUAUUCCUAUUCCUUUUAAAGGCUGGGUCCUUCAUUAAAAAAGAGUUAUAAAAAUAAUAAAUCCUUCCUAAUGAUUUCACAAUUAUUUUAUUUUUGUUUUUUUUUUUUUUAUAAAAAGGCAAAAAAAAAAAAAACAAGUUACCAAAUCAUCAAUGUUGAAUGUGGUUUGAUUAUUAUCAAAAUUAAUGGUAUUUAUAUUCUUUAUAAUAAGAACAUGUUUAUGUAUGAAUUGUAUAUGUGUAUUAUGUA